UGAAAAGUACUGCGAUCAAUUAUGAAAUACAAAAUGUUUAUAUUAAAUAGAAUCCUAUGUAAGCAUUUGAUAAUUAAAAACAUUUUGCACAAUUAAGUACCGUGGUUGAAAGGUAAGAUAACCUUUCACCUGCGCUUGGAUUUAAGUUUAACGAAGCAUGGUUUAAUUGUGCAUCAGUCUGAAAACUGAUCUUCGUAGAAAAUGCCGUCGAUCACCGGUGCGAUUUUUUUGUUCCACGUUACAGUGAUAUCAAGCUUGCUUUCAGACAUACACGCUUCAAAAAUUCAUUCUUUGGAGGUGCCGCCAGUCGUGCGUAAUGGUACUGGACCGAUCGAUCUAUCAUGUAUUUACAAUGUUAGAAAGGACGAAAAUGGUCUCGUGAUAAAAUGGUAUCAUAACAUGGACCAAGUCUAUCAAUGGAUACCACCAAUGCCGCCACAGGACGUGGGAGUUUUGAACGGAUUCACCGAAUACCCUGAGUCAAAUUUACGACAUCCUAAUUCAAAAUCCAUUAUACAUUUAAAAAUGGUCAGCAUCGAAAUGGGAGGAGAAUAUACCUGUACAAUCAGCACGUUUCAAGAAGAAGACUCGGCGACCAUGAACAUGAUUGUUUAUGCUCCAGAAACUGAUGUAAAGAUAUAUGUUUCUUAUUUCAAUGAAAGUCACUUGAAUCUGACAUGCGUGGAAUAUGAGGCACAACCACGACCAAUUUUAAAAUUUUACAUAGAAGGAAUUGAAGUUGAUAAUUAUUAUGAUGAAAUAGUAAAAAUGGAAGAAGGUGUUCUCUCCGUGAGUCGUAGUACAAUUUUAAAUAACAUUCUCGAACCUAUAUUAAUUGAUUGUGAAAUUUCUAUUCCUCGGACGGAUUACAAACGCAGGAAGAGGAUCGUCUACUACCCUGUUCAAUCAUUAGCCCAAACCAGCAAUGCAUCAGGAGAUGAAGUUAGACCUGUUAACACCAACAUUAUCAUUAUCAUUUUAUAUAUUUUAAUAUUGUCAAAGUAA